AUGUCCCACGCGACGCCACCCGAGGUGUGGACCGAAGUGUUCAGUGGACUACCUGCUGCAUCUCUGGCGGCCGUCGUGGCCACCAGCCGCGGCUUCGCGACCGUGGGGCGGCCCCUGCGGUUUGCGCGUUUUCUCUUGACGCCAUAUAGUCUGCUCGGCUAUGCGGACAAUCCGCUGCGCUACGAAGUGGAGACUGGGGACGCCUUUCGUUGUGCCACUGAGCGGCUAGACUUCUGGACAUCGGAGGAUAUUGCGCCGCUCGUUCGCUCAUGCCGCAUCAGCACGUCAGACUCGUGGAGCGAAUCGGAAGGUCCAACUCGGGUGACGGAGGAUGAGACGGAGCUGGUCGUCCUCAACAUGUUCUUUGCGCGGCUACAACGGUUUACGCACCUCAGAUCCCUCGAGCUCGUUGACAUAUCACUUCCAGCAGAUGCGUUGCGCAAAAUUUCGGCGUUGCCAAAAAUUUCGGCCAUAGAUAUUCAGUGGAGUAUAAAACGGCUGUCGCUGGAUGCCUUAUCGGCGCCGGUACCUCCGAGUCGAAUAGAGAAGUUUUCUCUAUUUGCGUAUCCUCUGUUUGACUACUUCGGCCCGUUGCUGCCACUCUUGAACCCGGCGACACUCAAAGAUCUCAGCCUGCGCUGCCCUCUGCUGUCCUGGACCGCCUCUCCGGAGAAAAUCCCUACGUUUCCCGCCGUCUUCCGGCUGUACAUUUUCCAUGCAUUCUCCACCGACUAUCCCGUCUUCUAUGCGCUGCUCCCCAAGUUUCCGCGUCUCGAGACGCUUGAGGUGGACAUCGUGCACCCAGAUGUCCUCGCGGACGUCCUUGCAGGGUGUCGGGCCAUAUUUAGCCAUAUCAAGAAGCUGUUCACCGCCUCGCAUCGGCUGAUAGCUCCGUUCCUGCAGCAGUCCCCGCGGCUACGAGUGCUCGUCUGCCCCGACACGGUGGAGAAAGAGCGCUUGUUCGCACCGUUGAGGGCGAACACGUGCCCGGCACUUGGAGCACUGUCCGUCCACCUCGAGGCCAUUCGCCUGGCCGAACUCGCUCCGCUGUGGACGUGCUGUCCCAACCUCGCCCACCUCCAGAUUUACUUUGAGGCCACUGUACGUGGGACCGGUGAGGAUACCGACGACAUCGCGAUCGCAUUUCUGAACAUGCUUGCCGAUGGCGGGUACCUCGGGCCAGCGCUCCGAACACUCGUGCUCGUGUGGCACUUCGUCGAUCCGGAUGGCGACACCACCGCCGUGAAGCCCGCUCGCUCGCCGGCGACGGCGGUACUUACAUCCGCACGUGCGUUGAUAGCGGAACGACAUCCGGCCCUGACGGCGAUCGGCCUUGACACCGGCACCUGCGUCUUGCAGUGGCGCGGACGGGCACACGAUCGGUACACCGUCGUGGAAGAGUGCAGUGCAGCGUGGGAGGGCGAGGUGUUCCAAGAUAUCAAGAUGAAGGUCCUGCGCAUGUGGGAAGAGGUAGAGCGCGAGGAGCUAGGGAUUUAA